UUCACUCACGUUCACACGCGAUGGAGGAGGCUUUGGUUUGACUCUUUUUCACAAUAAUGGAUCUGUUCUAGAGGGAAACUGCUGGGAUUUGAUUUGGGGAAGUAACGCUGAAACAAUCACAGACAGAUUUUUCUGCCACAGGCCUUCAUCCUUUGCUGAGGUUGGAGGUUUAUGUUGAAGUCCGGUCUCCUCCCUCCCCUCACAGACGGGCAGCUGUUGCAGUGACUCAGUAUCAUGGAGGCGUGCAGCAGGACUGCAGCAACGACACACGGCAGAGCUCCAACACCUCUGAGAGAUGCAUGCAGUCAUGAUCCUUGUGAAGGGCCCCACCCAGAGGAGGAUGAGGGGGAGGAAGAUAGGAGCUUGCAGCCAGCAGAGACUGCAGGCUGGGAGGACGCCAUUGCUGUUAUGGCACGAGGAGCACCGAUGGUCCCUGAGCUGCCUGCCGAAUCUUCUCUGCGCUCAUGUGCCAGCACGGCCAGCAUGAAGGUCAAGAACGUCAAAAAACUGUCCCUCACUAAAGGCCAUUUUCCCAGGCUGGCAGAAUGUGCCCACUUCCACUAUGAGAAUGUUGACUUUGGCUCUGUGCAGGCCAAGAGCUCGCAUGGAAACAAGAGGCGGGAUUUAUCACACGAACCAAUCACAUCCAAUCAUAACCGAUCAUAUCCAGUUAUAGCGUGAUGGAGGCAUUGCCUCCUCUCACGUGACUUUCCUCCAUUCCAGAAAAGUCACGCCAUGCUAAGGGGUCUCUGUUGUAAGUCUAUGGACUGAAGGGAGGCAAUCCUCCGCUGUAACUUUACCUGCGGGUGUCACUUUUGGACAGUGUUGCUUUAUAAAAACGAGUGACUAUUAUACUUUAAAUGCAAUAUUUAUUAAUGUUUGCGAUUUAUGUUUGUAAUAUCGAUUAUUUUGUCAUCCAAUUGUUUGAGGAGACACUGCCUCCCUUGCAUCCUUGGAGGGAAUGCCCCUGGUAUAUAUGUAUAUAUUAGUG